AUGUACUUCAGUGCUUUCCAGCAGGCUGUUGUCCGUAAUAUGAACGACAAGAAUGCACAAUUGCAAAAGCAGCUCGAGAACGUUGUCAGAGAAGAACUUGAACGAGACUUGGAAUUGGAACGACGGAAAGUUCGAGAAGUGCACGAAGCAUCCCGCGAGCGAGAUAAGGAAUACCAGAAACUUAAGGCAAAUGUUGUCAUACCCUCUCCCCUUCGCAACGCCCAGCACGAUAAAAUCAAACGAAAGGCACUUCUUGCUCCAGAUAGCGGGGGAGGUCCGCAAGGCAACAUUGGCUUCCCCGGAGCUGAUGGGUAUUCACGACACUUGCCUCAGAAUCCAAACUCAAACCAACCCCUCAACGUUGGGGCAGUGGUCGGUGACAUGCAAGCCAACGGAAUCCAACGAACUCCUUUGAUAGCUAGAAACGGUGGCGGCCAAUACUUGCAACAAACCACAGCACCAGCUAACAGCGGAUGGGGUGGCAAUUCGCAACAACGCCGACCGUUUCCUCAAGCUGGAUAUCGCUCCGGGACAGCUUCAGAUAGAUCUGAAAGCGCAAAUGAAAUCGAGAAUAUGCUCAUGAGUGGUGGUAACGUGCCAGCGAGAAGGGAAGGUGGCUGGGGGGCUGAUACACAGAGGAGAAAGCCACAUCCGGGUACUGUACAAAGAGGUAUGCCUGACUGA